UGCGAACCGCAUACGUUUGAAAAUAUUCAUCUGCGUGUUUACGAUGCUUCAAAAUCCACAUGCGGUGAAAUUUGUUGUCAUUUAAUGAAGUUGACUUGAUACAGCACAAAGUCAAGAUGCCAAGGUUAAUAGACAGGAGCAAAUUUGUAGUGAUCAGACUAGCACUCCAUGGCUGCACAAACAGACCGUUCUUCCAUAUUGUUCUGGCACGAAACAGAAGUCCCAGGAAUGCAAAACCUAUCGCUCAGCUGGGAACGUAUGACCCUUUGCCAAACAAAUACAAUGAAAUAAUGGUUUCACUUAACAUGGACAAAAUCAACGACGUUCUUCGUCUUAAACCAGUUAUUUCAAAACCAGCUGCCAAGUUAUUAGGGUUAAGUGGUGUUCUGCCACUCCAUCCCCUAAGUUACUUAGACGGAUUACGAUGUUCGAAACGACAACAAUUAAAAUCUGCCAAAAAUUUAAGUAUACAGGAAGAUGGUGAAGAAGGCAAAGAGGAAGAAUUGUGUGAUUGAUUUUCUACCAUUUCUGAUGACUUGGGUGUUCUGCCACAAAGAAGAAACAGAUCGAGGUGUUAUAUGACAGUGGGAAUAAUCACUUUGACCGUGAUGAUCUUUCAGAGGAUAAUGAUUAUAGCUGGUUCAAGAAUUGGGGAUUAUUCAACACCAGCUGUUGCAUUGCGGUGGUCGUAACACAAGUGUGAUAUUACAUAAAUCAGUUUAGCACAGCGACUCGAACAGGACAGUUCCGACUGCUAUACUCUAAAGCAGUUAAUUGUUUUGUGUAUUAUCACAGGAGCAUGCCUAUUUAAUUUGGAGUAUAUAGGAUAAAGGUACAUCAUGUAGACACUUUUAAAGAACAAAGUAUUUACUUGUAUGAUCAUAGAUCGUACUACAGAUGUAUUUACUUGUAUGAUCAUUGAUUGUACUGUAUUACAGAUGUAUUUUCUUGUAUGAUCAUAAAUUGUACUGUACUACAGAUGUAUUUUCUUUUAUGAUCAUAAAUUGUACUGUACUACAGAUGUAUUUUCUUGUAUGAUCAGUGAUUGUACUGUACUACAGAUGUAU